AUGCGUCGCGCUCGCAAGCACAGCAUGGCCUUUGGCACAGAGGACAGGGACGAGGUCCCCAUGGAGUCGAUCCGUAUGACCCGGCGCUCGCUGCUGUUUCUGUCGGACAUGCAAAAGGACAUUCUCGAGCAGCAGAUCCAGAUGCCGACGCCCAAGGUGGGAUACUUUCAGAUCUAUCGCUAUGCAAAGGGGUGGGACUGGUUUUUUAUUGUCGCUGGCACGGCGUGUGCGAUUGGGGGAGGGGCGGCGCUGCCUUUGUUUACGGUCUUCUUCGGCAACAUCACCUCGACCUUCCGCGACGUCGCAACAUACGCAAUGAGCUACGAGGACUUCUACGACGUCCUGGUCAAAAACGUCUUCUACUUCAUCUACCUGGGCAUCGGCGAGUUCCUCACCAUCGGCUUCGCGACAUUCGCCUUUGUGCACACGGGCAACAGCAUCACGCAAAAGAUCCGCGUGCGCUACCUGCAGGCCAUCCUGCAGCAAAACAUCGCCUUUUUCGACUCCCUGGGCGCCGGCGAGAUCACGACGCGCAUAUCGGGCGACAUGCACCUGAUCCAGGAUGGGAUUUCCGAGAAGGCGAGUCUGGUCCUCACCGGGAUCUCGAGCUUCGUUACGGCUUUUGUUAUUGCGUUUAUCAAGUAUUGGAAGCUGGCGCUUAUUUCGACGUCGACGCUGGGUGCGCUGCUGCUUAUUAUGGGCAUCGGGUCGACGGUGUCGGUCAUCUACAGCAAGAAAUCCAUCGAAUGCUACGGCAAAGGCGGGAGCAUCGCAGAAAACGUCCUCAACUCUAUCCGCACUGUCGUCGCCUUCGGCGCACAAGAAGCCCUCGCCGCAAAAUACGACACACACCUCCGAGACGCAGAGCGUUUGGGCCGAAAAGUCCAAAUGACAUUCGCCGUCGUCAUCGGCGGGAUCCUCGGAAUCAUGUAUCUCAACUACGGGCUGGGCCUGUGGAUGGGCGCGCGCUUCCUUGUCGAGGACUCGGGGAAUGUCGAGCCGGGCGAUAUCCUCACCAUCAUGAUGGCGAUUAUCCUGGGCUCGUAUAGUCUGGGGAAUGUUGCGCCAAAUGUGCAGGCGUUUUCUGAUGCCGUUGCGGCGGCGACGAAGAUCUUGGGGACGAUUGAGAGGCAGUCGCCGUUGAACCCGCUGUCCAGUGAGGGGAAACGGCUCCCAAGAGUUCGGGGGGAGAUUGAGCUGAGGAAUAUCCGGCAUGCGUAUCCCUCGCGGCCUGAAGUGAUUGUCAUGGACAGUUUCAACCUGCGCGUUCCGGCGGGCAAGACGACUGCCUUUGUUGGGCCUUCGGGGUCCGGGAAGAGCACGAUUAUCGGGCUGCUUGAACGAUUCUACAACCCCGUGGCAGGCUCCGUCCUUCUUGACGGGCACGACAUCGAGUCCCUAAACCUGCAGUGGCUACGGCAACAAAUCUCACUCGUCUCGCAAGAACCACAACUCUUCACCGCGACUAUUUACGAGAACAUCAAGCACGGGCUCAUCGGAUCAGAGUACGAGAAGGAGUCCGACGUGCAGAUUCGGCAACGGAUCGUCAAGGCCGCGCACAUCGCCGACGCACACAAUUUCAUCACGGCUCUGCCAGACGGGUACGAGACGAAUAUCGGGUCGUUGGCUUUAUCCGGCGGACAGAAGCAGCGGAUCGCGAUUGCGCGGGCGAUUGUCAAGGAGCCGAAGAUUUUGCUUCUUGAUGAGGCUACUUCGGCGCUGGAUACAAAGUCAGAGGGGCUGGUGCAGGCGGCGCUUGAUCGUGCGGCGGAGGGGCGGACGACCAUUGUUAUUGCGCAUCGGUUGUCGACGAUCAAAUCUGCGCAUAAUAUCGUUGUCAUGAUGGGAGGGAAGAUCGCGGAGCAGGGCACACAUAGCCAGCUGCUCAAGAGAGAGGGAGUCUAUGCCAGUCUGGUGCAAGCGCAGAGCAUCAAAGACGAAGGUAAUGGAGAUGCACAUGAUAAAGAGACAUUGGCGACCCUCUGGUUUGAAGAAGACGACGACUUUGAAUACUACAUCGCCGACUCGCUAUACUCGCCACUGACCCUGUGGAAGCGCGGAAGCACAGCGACUCUCCCAACAUUGCAGGCAGCAACAACGAAGAAAGCACAGCGCUUCUCGCUCUGGACGUUGAUCCGGUUCAUCGCAAGCUUCAACCGGCCGGAAAAGUACAUCAUGGGCCUGGGCCUGGUCCUAUCCCUCUUCGCCGGCGGCGUCCAGCCCGCGCAGUCGGUCCUGCUGGCCAAAGCUGUGAAUGCAAUCUCGAUCCCACCAACAGAGGGAGACAGGCUACGGCACGAGACGAACUUUUGGGCAUCCAUGUUCCUCAUGACUGGUUUGGUCACGAUCUUCCUUUUCGGGUCGCAGGGCAUGCUCUUCGCGUUCAGCGCAGAGAAGCUCAUUCGGCGAGCACGCAGUCAAACAUUCCGUAUCCUCCUGGGACAGGAUAUCUCGUUCUUCGACGAAGAGAACAACACGUCAGGAACGUUGACUACCGUCCUUGCAACCGAUAUCAAGAACCUCGCUGGAAUCAGCGGCGCCACGCUGGGCACCCUGCUCAUCGUGACGGUCAACUUGUUCGGCUCGCUCACGGUGGCAAUGGUGCUGGGAUGGAAGCUCGCGUUGGUUUGCAGCUCUGCAGUUCCUCUCCUCCUCCUCAGCGGCUUCCUACGCACCUGGAUCCUCAGCCGCUUCCAAGCUCGCGGGCGCACAGUGUACCAGAAAUCCGCGAGCGAGGUCAGCGAAGCCGUCACGGCCAUCCGCACCGUCGUCUCCCUGACCAUGGAGCAAGUCAUCCUGACCUCCUACGAGACCCAGCUGCGCCAGCAAGUCCGCUCCGAUAUCCCCUCGAUCCUGCGCUCCUCGUACCUCUACGCGUGCUCGGAAGCGCUCCAAUUCUUCUGCAUGGCGCUCGGCUUCUGGUACGGCGGGAUGCUGCUGGGCCACCACGAGUACACCAUCUUCAAAUUCUACGUGUGCUUCAGCGAAGUGAUCUUCGGCGCACAGGCAGCGGGGAGCGUCUUUAGCUACGCACCGGGAAUGAGCAAAGCCAAGCACGCCGCUGGCGAACUGAAAGCGCUCUAUACGCGCCGCCCCAAAAUCCACGGUCGCAUCGGCGGCGCGCCCGUCGGCUCCUUGAACGGGGCCAUCGAGUUCCGAAACGUCUUCUUCCGGUACCCGACGCGCAUAGCCACACCGGUACUGCAGGGCCUGAGCUUCAAUGUGCGUCCGGGGCAGUAUAUCGCGUUUGUCGGCGCGAGCGGGUGCGGGAAGAGCACGACGAUUGCGCUGUUGGAGCGGUUCUAUAACCCCGUUGCGGGGACAAUCUAUGUGGAUGGGCGGGACAUUACGACGUUGGAUUUGCACGAGUAUCGGAGGAAGCUGGCGUUUGUGGGACAGGAGCCUGCGCUGUUUCAGGGGACGAUCCGGGAGAAUAUUCUGCUGGGCAUGGAGAAUGACGAGGUUGGGGAGGAGGAGAUUGCGAGGGCGUGUCGCGAUGCGAACAUUUAUGAUUUUAUCAUUUCGUUGCCGCAAGGCUUCAACACCGAAGUAGGCAGCAAGGGCGGCAUGCUCUCCGGCGGCCAAAAGCAACGGAUCGCCAUCGCGCGGGCCCUGCUACGCGAUCCCCGGAUUCUCCUCCUCGACGAGGCGACAUCGGCGCUGGACUCGGAAUCCGAAUCCAUCGUGCAGGCAGCACUGGACACGGCAGCCCGGGGUCGGACGACGCUGGCGGUGGCGCACCGGCUCAGCACGAUCCAGCGCGCCGACGUGAUCUACGUGCUGGCCAACGGGCGCAUUGCAGAGGCCGGGGCCCAUGCUGAGCUGCUGCGCAAGAGGGGGCAUUACUAUGACCUGGUGAAUCUGCAGAGCUUGACGUGAUACGGAGCCGUGGUACUGGGACUAUAAUUUAAGCCGAGG